CACCCAGCGACAGAUACUUGGGAUACUACUAUAUCCCACGAGCCUACGGGAAUUGAUAAGUUCAAACAGGAGCAUGGAGGAGAACUGCGAGGCAGGUGUUUUCAAAAGCAGCAGAACGCAGCAGCCAGGACAGAUGCUGUAUAUCAACAACACGUGUUUAUAAUGCGGAUAAUAUAAACGAUGGAUUUUGUUAAAGAAGAGAGCGAAGACACGAAUGCUCCAAGAACGUGUGAAGUGAAAACCAAAGGACAAAGAGAUCUGGUGGAAGUAAAAGCGGAAUGUCAUGAACUGAAGGUGGAGGCGAAAGAUCUAUUCCAGGAACCUCAUCAAUUCAAAGCUGAAGAAACAGUUGUGAAGUCUGAAGAAGAUUCUUUAAGUUGCUCAGAGACUGAGAUUGACAAAAGCCUUAAAUGUAAAAAGAGUUUCACAAAAAAAGAACACAUUUUGGAUCACUUCAAAAUUCACGAUGAAGAGAAGUCUUUCGCGUGUGAUAAAUGUGAAAAGAGUUUCGUUCAUAAUGCAAGCCUUAAAAACCACAUGAGGGUUCAUUCUGGAGAGAGGCCAUAUGUAUGCCACCAAUGUGGAAAGAGUUACAUCCAUAAAGAUAGCCUUACUGACCAUUUAAGAACCCACACCGGAGAGAAGCCCUUCAAGUGCCCUGAAUGUGAAAAAUGUUUCAUGCAUAAAAGUAGCAUUAUACAUCACGUAAAAACUCACACUCUAGAGAGACCUUUUAAAUGUCUUCAGUGCGGAAAGGGUUUCAUUCAUAAAGGAAACUUAAGCGUUCACACACGAAUUCAUUCUGGAGAGAGACCUUUCACGUGCUCUCAGUGCGGUAAAGAUUUCAAGUAUCAACCCAACCUAGUAAGUCAUAUGAAAAUGCAUUUGGGUGAGAAAUUGCAUCGCUGUUCUCAUUGUGACAAGAGUUUCAUUGAGGAGAGUCAGCUCAAAAAACACCUGAAAAUCCAUGCAAAUGAGAAGCCGUUUGUGUGCUCUUUUUGUGACAAGACUUUUUUAUUGCGCUACAAUUUAAAAGAGCAUCAGAAAGUACAUACUGGUGAGAGACCAAAUGUGUGCUUUAAAUGUGGCAAAGCCUUUGCAAGAUCCAUUCAGUUGAAAGAGCAUGAAUAUAGUCAUGCUGAAGAAAAACCUUUUAAGUGUUUGUAUUGUGGAAAGGGCUUUCCCCGUUCAUGUUCCUUGAAAAAACACGUGAGGAUGCAUACUGGAGAGAAGCCGUACCACUGCCCCUUGUGUGGAAAGGGUUUUAGCCAAUUAAGUAAUGCUCUGACCCAUAAGAGAAAGCACUGUCCAAGGUUGUCACGAUGAGCUAAUGAAGUUGCUGUGAUUUGUGACAAUUUGAGCAGUAAAUCUCUUAUCUACCUCCGUGUCUUUGGCAGUUUCUGUUAGUCAAUUAUAGCUGUUUAAAGGUAAUGCUUGAAGAACUGUAAACACUGACAGUAAUGAUAACAUGAGACAAAUUUAGUGCCUAAUGAUGGAAGCUUGAAGGGGUGUAUUAAAGGGGUCGUUUUACGCGGCUAAAACGAAUAUUAUUGUUUGCUUUAGAUGUAUUACAAUGUGUAUACAUGAUUUAAGGUUAAAAACGCUGUAUUUUCCACAUACCGUGCAUGUUUGUAUCUCCUCUUAGCCCCGCCUCUCUGAAACGCGAGGAUAUUUUACAAAGCUCAUCGCUCUGAAAAGCGAGGUGUGCUAUGAUUGGCCAGUUCACUACUGCGUAGUGAUUGGUGGAAUACUGCAAUCGUGCGACGGAAAUGUAACGCCUCUUACCAGGCUGUGAAUCUGAAGCGCCACUGUCCUCGCGGAGUUUUAACCGAUUGAAUUGCCCCACUUUUUAACAGAAGAUGCCGUGCAUGGCCGGUCUAGAUCGCUCCCAGAUUAGUGAAGCAAUCGUCCUUAAAAUGCUCUGCACAAACUAUCACUUUUUCAUUGUACUUCUCUGGAACAGUGUUGGAAAUAAAAUGUAACCAUUCGUUUUUUGUUGACUCAUCGCAGAGAAAACAAAGAGGCUUUCUUUUGGCAAUGGAACACACAGCGUCUCCACGACAUGGCUGCUCCGGCGGAGGUACAAUGAGAUUUACAAGACCGCCCACAUUACUUAAGUGUAGAUUUGGGCGGUUUUAGUCAAAUCACUCCACGAGCUGACGUCAAGUUGUGGGGGUGUGGUUACACGAGGCGUUUCAGGCAGGUCUGGGUGAGCAUUCUCUUUUAGAUAGAAUGCAUCUUUUGUUCCGACACUGAAAUUUUUGCAAUUUCACGUGUCUAAUACAUGCAUGGGCAACUUAUAACACACAAAAGACAAAGAAAACGUACUUCGCCACGUACUUCCGGCGAAUGACUCCUUUAAAAAUGUAUUAUAAAUUAUGGUCAUGCCAUUCUAAAACCGAGUGGAACUUGUAAUUGUCAUAUGCCAUAAAUGUGUUAUGCGAUGAUGAUCAUUGUACGUAGAUCCCAUAGUUACCCCAAAUAAAAAAGUAGCAAAAUAUAAUUUUGUUUUUAGUUUCAUUAAACGAUUUCGAAAUAUACUGUUGUGUGCCUAAAACAUGGUACAAGCAGUUAAUCUGUAUUUUAAUAAAUUGACAAAUGAAUGCUUGUUAGUGAGCUGUUUUAGCUCAGCUUGAUUUAGUAAAAUGUAUUUUUUAUUUUAGUAUAGUCAAUGUGAAUUAAAAAGCAAUAAACAAAAAUCUAAAUUAUUAUUUGGACUUAUAUCUUUAAUUUAUGUAUUUUAAAACUGUUCUAGUUUCAGAUCCAGUGGCUGUAUUGCCGCAUGUUUAGAAUAAAGGGUUGUUUUAAUGUGGAUUGUUAAUUUUUUUAAUUUCACACAGUCCUGGGGUUUUAUGGAUUUAUGUGUGGAUUUAUGCAAAUUGUUCAGAAGCUUUUCUCAGAAUCGUGCAUUUUUGCAAUAAUGCGUAAUUAUUAAGGUGUUUUUUAUUUAAGUGGAUGCGCAAACCUCCAAGUUCAUAUGGUGGCAUAACCAAAGGAAGGAUGGAGAUGCUUUGAUUUACUAAAGAGAACAGUACAGUAUAUAAAAUGUCCAAUUGGUGGCUCCCACACCUAAGAAAACGAUCCAAGUUUCAUUUUGGAUCAAGGUAAUUACAUUAUGAAACAUUUACAUAUGUUAUGUUAUACAUACAGUUGCAGAAAAAUAAAGAGACCAUUCCAAAUAAUGUGGCCAUUCUAGUCCAGUGUCUGUUAAAUUUUAAUCUCAAACCUCAGAAGUGACAAAGUCAUCCAACAGCAAUGUGAAUGACUGACAGCAAGACACUGACACAGUUGAAGUGUGCUUCACUCGGGGUUCAAUGUAGGUAACUCACAGGCUCAGUUUUGCCACUAACUGUACUAAAUGAGCUACUUUGCAACAAUG